CCCGCGCAGGUUCGAAUCCUGCCGACAACGUGAUAUUUUUCUCCUGUGAUUGGUAAAUCCCAGGCGUUUACAUUGUAUCAUAGAUAGCCAGUAUCUGUUAUUGUAUCACUACACAUAAAUCGCUAGCUCCACGGUAUCAAUCUUUACCUACUUGAAAUGAGGUUACGCCUGUCAAUCAAACACUCAUGUUCAUGACAACAGUCAAUAAGCAGCAGUACCCUGAAGCUAUGGCGGACGAUUUGGACGAAUUGCUAGAUGAGGUUGAAACAAAGUUCUGUCGCAAUGUUUCAUUGACGCCACAACUUCAAGCUCCCUCAGAUUUAUCGACGGCUGGGAAAUGUUUAACGCAAACUGGGAAAGAAAGAAAACACUGCACCACUGACGAUACACCCAGAAAAACGGACAGCGAAGAUAUAGAUGCCCUUCUUGAGGACAUACUUGACGAUGAUUUCGAUUCCCUUGCGCUAAACACUGGACAGCUUCCUAAAAUGACGAAGACAUUGCCACAGUCCACAAGAAAGUGCUGCCCAGUUUUCCUUGGUGGAAGCUCCAUUGCAAAUGGUGUAGGAACAGCUGUUUCACAAAGGUCGUGUGAUCAGCUGAGAUGUAUCUCCUGUGACUUUCGGGUGGCCAUGUUUGACGAUCAUGAAUGGGACCCCUCUUGUGAUUACCUCUUCUUCAGGAACAACAUGCCAGACUGUCAGAAGCUGCGGGCUAAGCUGAGGAGAAGAAAAGGGGCGCGGGCGUACGCCUGCCAGUGUAGCUGGCACUCUGCUCGAGACCUCACCGACCUGAGAGAACAGCACCAGCUCAAGUGGGUCUGUGGGAAGCAUGAAUGGAGAAGCGAAGGUGGUUAAGACCGUUGGGCCAGUAACCGAAAGGUCGCUGGUUUGAAUCCACAUGCUAACGAGUCACUGUCAGAAAGAGACUGGUCCGGGACUUCCUUCACGGUAACAUCACCAAUCCCCUCUUCAUCUUGGACUUCAAUGUUCUCAUAAAGCUCAGAGGAAGAUGAGCUGCUUGAAUCUUCUGUAUAAAGGACUCACAUUACC